UUGAGAACUCUUAUUGCCCUAUCCAAAUUGUUGGAAAAUUUUCAAUGGCAAAAGACAAGAUAUACUGCGCCACUAAUGUUACUUUGCUAGCCUUGAUUCCUAAGAAAGUUAAUCCCAGAUCCUUCUCUGAAUUUAGACCUAUCAGUUUAUAUAAUUUCCUUUACAAAAUUUUCACGAAGUUAUUAUCUUCUAGACUGGCCAAUAUUUUGCCUGAGUUGAUCUCUGUGGAGCAACAUGGGUUUGUUAGUGGUAGAAAUGGGGGUGAAUGUGUGUCUAUUGCUCAGCUGAUGGUCAGUGACUUGAAUAGGAAAGUGGAAGGUGGUAAUUUGAUUCUGAAAUUAGAUAUGAUGAAGGCAUAUGAUCGCCUUGAAUGAGAUUUUUUGUUGAAAGCUUUGGCUAGUUUUGGUUUUUCCCCUCUUUUUUGUAAAAUUGUGGCUAAUUGCUUGGGAAACCAAUUUUUUUCUGUUUGUGUCAACGGAGUAAGGAGGGGUUUUUUCUCAUCCUCUAGGGGUUUAAGACGGGGAGAUCCUAUUUCUCUUUGUCUUUUUAUUCUUGCAGAAGAGGUCCUCAAUAAGGGGUUGAGAAAGAUUUUUUAGGAUGGUU